UUAGUGUUAGUUAGGGGGGCUCCGAGGCGCACAGCAGUCAAGACAGCCGAGACGAGCCGAGCCGAGCGAGCAGGCAGGCAAAGCGGCCCAGGCGGCGCCCCCUCCUCCGCGGCCCGGGCGCCCCGAUUUUCCCCCUCGCCAUCUCCCCACUCGGAAAGAACCGAGCGAAGCCAGCCAGGUGCAAGACCGAAACCGAGAGAGGAGUAGCGGCUGCCCGACCGACAACCGACUGACCGCCCGCCCGCCUUCCUGCCCGCCCGCUGUCCGUCCGUCCCCUCCGGUCUCCUUCAAAUGGGAGCGAGCCUCUUUUCUUCCGUCUCCCCGUGCCAGGACGAGAAUGUGAUUUAAAAACAAGCGUUUUGGGGGGGAAAAUGCCAAGGAGGAAGCAGGAGCAACCCAAGCGCCUGCCUUCACAUUUGGACAGCAAUGACGAAGGAGGGCUCGACGGCGGCGCCGCAGACGAGGAAGGCUGGUUCGGCAACGCGUCCGACACGCGCUCCGAGUCUUCGUCCUACGGCGACACCCAGGAUGAACUCUACCUGCCGAGGGGCUCGUCCCCGGACGCCGAGCACCAGAGCCCGACGGGCUGCCCCACGCCCGUUCACCGCGCCUCCUUGGAACUCCUGGGACUGGGCGGCGGCGCCUUCUCGCCGCAGGACACUGUCACGUCGGUGGUGUCUUCGCUGUACGGCGAUGCCGCGUCCCGCGCCCUCGGGAAGCCCCUCAGCAGCAAUCUGCGCCGCCUCCUAGAGGCCGGAUCGCUCAAGUUAGACUCUGGGGACCUGCUGGGGCGGGCGUCCCGAGGCGGCGACUCCCCGCCGAUAGGUCUGGCAUCGCCCUUGACGCUCUCCCCUUCUUCGCAUCAUGCUCAGCAGCUAAGCGCGCUGGCCCGCAAGCUAGCCAACAAUAACAGCGGCGCCGCCUCGCCAGCGCUCGCCGUUAAACAAGAACCGGCGGACAACUUUAACUCCCAGAGUAACGGGGGCUUUGUAUGGGCGGGCGUCGCGGACAAGUGGCCGCCCACCGGCCGCUCCACGCCCCGCGGGUCCAGCCUCUCCCCGGACUCGGCCAUCCAGAAGUUAAAAGCGGCGGCCAACGCGGUGCUUCAAGACAAGAACGCCGUGUCGACCGCCGCCGCCACCACUGCGUCGUCCGCUGCAAUUUCCUCUGUCGUGCCGCCCCUUGGAGGGGCCGGCGUCAGAGGGGACGACGUGGUGCGAUUUGAUGCCUUUAACUCUCCGUUCAGCCCGCAGUCGGCCAGCUCCACCUUGGCCGCCCUUUCCAAGAAAGUCAGCGAGCGGAGCCACGGUUCGUCGGCGCCCGGGACGCCCGCCGAUCACCAGAACUCGGGGACGUCUUUCCUGUCGCUGGUGUCCAUGACGUCGUCGGCCGCCUUGCUCAAAGAGGUGGCGGCCAGGGCGGCGGGGAACCUGCUCGCCGAGAAGAAGGAAGGGUCCCCGCUGUCGGGCGGCGGCAUCCUCCAAGAGGAUGUUAAGCCCCUGCUGGACAAAAACCAUAAGGCGCCCACACCGUCGACACCCACCCAAAGUCUGGAGAUGUUGUUGCCCUCCACGCCCAAAGGAAGAGGGAAACCCAACAGCCAAGCAGGCUCACCGGAGGAAGGCGGCAAACCGUUCCAGUGUCCCGUGUGCGGUCUGGUCAUCAAGCGCAAGAGCUACUGGAAGAGACACAUGGUCAUCCACACGGGCUUGAAAAGCCACCAGUGUCCGUUGUGUCCUUUCCGCUGUGCCCGCAAAGACAAUCUCAAGUCCCACAUGAAGGUACAUCAACACCAAGACCGGGGCGAGACGUUCCAGUGCGAGCUGUGUCCGUUCACGUCCUCCCGCCACUUCAGCUUGAAGCUUCACAUGCGCUGCCACCAGCACUUUCCGCGCACCGACGUCAAGGUCAAAGAGGAGCUCGCCACCGACACCGAGGGAGAGGGCUCGCAGACGGGCGACGCCGCCGCCGACCCCGCAGGGAGCCGAGCGUCCCCGCUUCACCCGGACGCCCGGCUGCGGUCUUCCCCGCCGGACGGGUCUCCUUCCAAUCACGUCCACGUCAAGGAGGAACCGCUGGAGAGGGAUCUAUCGGUGUUGUCGCCGUUUAGCGUGGGCAGGGAGCGGCCCAGGAGCAGCGCUAACUCCUCGGACCUGCCGGGCGUCGGGGUGCGUUCCAGCCCCGGCGGUCCGACCGCGGCCUCGCUCUUUAGCCCGGACAUCACGACCAAGACGGCCACCGACUUGCUUAUGAAGCUGUCAGCGGCCAACCAGAGGGAGGCGUUGAAGUCGCCCUUUCACCUGAAGGAAGAACCCAAAACGGAGGAAGACUCGAGUCCCAGACCCGCCUCCCAGUGUCAAAUCCUGCCCAGCUUCCCCGGGACGUUCUGCCAGGACGAGAUAACGAGGCCCGAACGCCCGGGGUCCCUUAAACCGAGAGAAGGGAGCCCCUCGGCGGCCAACAGCUUACUGAGCCAAGACAUCAACGUCAAAGUGGCAUCCGAGUUGCUGAUCAAACUUUCAGAGAACAACAAAGACGGCCUCUUCCAGAAGGUGAAGGUAAAAGCUGAACCCAUGGAAGUGGACCCAGCCCCCGCUGACGUGUCGCCGCCCACGGCCCCGCCCGCCGCUCCUCCUCACCUGAUGGCUUUCGGCACAUUAGGGGCGCGCGAGAAAACUGAGCCGGAGCCUCUGGCGCGCCCCCAGAAGGACCUCUUUUCCCAGGACAUCUCGGUCAAAAUGGCCUCCGAGCUCCUCUUCAAAUUGUCAGAAAAAGUGAGCAGAGCCAACAACCACAAGGACGGGAACAUGGUGGGAAUCAACAGUCCCUUCUUGGACGAGUGCUUUGGACAAUCACCCUUCAACUCGCGCUCCAAAAGCUCCUCCCCCGCAGAGGCCAGCUCCUCCACCCGCCCGCCUUUUCACGAUUCCGAAAAGGACGACAGCGAACCGGGCAACGGGAUCGCCCAAUGGCGGCUAAACGAUCAGCUCUACCCGUGUCCUGUCUGCGGGAAAGUGUUUGGAAGGCAGCAGACGCUAUCGCGACACCUGGCGCUGCACACAGAGGAGAGGAAGUACAAGUGUCACCUGUGCCCGUACGCCGCUAAGUGCAAGGCCAACCUCAAUCAACACCUGAGCAUCCACUCGGUCAAGCUGGUCACCACCGACGCCGAUCAGAUCGUCACCGCCGUGGCGGCCGCCGACGCCGCCGAGCGCAAGAACUGCGCUUACUACUACAGCUGCCACGUUUGCGGCUUCCAGACGGAGCUCAACGCUCAGUUCGUGGGCCACAUGUCGCUCCAUGUGGACAAGGAGCAGUGGAUGUUCUCGCUCUGCUGCAGCGCCUGCGACUUCGUGUGCAUGGAGGAGGGCGACAUGAAAAGUCACAUAAGCGCAGGGCACGCCGGCCUGAGCUCGCGGAGUCCCCUGAGCGAGACCAAGAGCACGUCGUCGUCGCUGUCGGCGCUGAGCGACUCGCUCAACAGCUCGGAGGGCGGCGACCUGGCGCACGGCGGCGCCGAAGAACUCAAGAGUCUGCUGGCCCCGCCGUCCUCGGCCGGCAGCCAAUCCAGCUCCGGGAGCCACUCGGGUUCGGAAGACAAAUCCGAAAAAGGCUUCGAAUGCGUGUUCUGCACGUUCGUGUGCAAGACGCGCAGCAUGUACGAGCGUCACCUGCAGAUCCACCUGAUCACGCGCAUGUUCGAGUGCGACGUGUGCCACAAGUUCCUGAAGACGCCCGAGCAGCUGCUGGAGCACAAGAAGUGUCACAGCGUCCCCGCCGGAGGACUCAAGUGCCCCUUCUGCCUCUACUCCAGCGGUCGCCCGGCGGCCAUGGAGUGCCACCUGAAGACGCACCUUCAGACGGAGCACCGCUGCCGCAUCUGCCAGGGGCUGUGGCCCGACCGCCCCUCCCUGGAGGCCCACGCGCGCGCCCACCGCCUGGGCAACCACUACCGCUGCGAGCGCUGCGGCUACCUGUCUAAGACGGCCAACAAGCUCAUCGAGCACGUGCGCGUGCACACGGGCGAGCGGCCCUUCCACUGCGACCGCUGCCCGUACCGCUGCAAGCGCAAGGACAACCUCAACUUGCACAAGAGGCUCAAGCACGCGCCGCCCGCCCCACGGGACCAGGGCGGCGGCGCGGGGCGGGAGGCGCGGCCGCCGCCGCGCUCCGUCGCGUCCGCUCGCGCGCCGGGCCCCCGCAAGCUAGCCGGCCCGGUCCGAGACCCUUACGGCAACUGCGAGCGGGCGCGCCUGAUCCCCCUCACCACCUUGUUCGGCCACAAUUUCGCAUUCCGCCCCCCGCCCCGCCUCCAGGCCGCUCCCCCGACCCCCUCCCGCAAACACUCCUUCCUCGCCUACCUGGGACUGACCGAGCGGCCCCGAACUCCUUGACUCCGCGUUUUUUCUAAGAGCCGUACACGCCGACGACAAACAUUUCUAUCCGAAAGCUGCUUCGUUUCUUCAAACCUUUGAAUUCACGACGUCGGAACGACGCUCGAACGACCCGUUUUUUUAGCCUCGUUCUGUGUUCGGAGCUCAUUUUUGCGUCGGGCGGACGGAACCGAUGCGACGGAUUCGUUUCCAAAGCAGACGCCUCAAAACGCACUUAUUUAUCAAUCUUGUACAUAGUUUUAUAGCCCCUUGCCUGUCUUUUUAUUCUUGUUUUUUCCAUUCAUUUUUCUUUUAACCAUGGUCAAACCAUGUUAACCCUUAGAUGCAGUUACUUGGAACCCGACACACUUCCAUAAAUGGGUCAAAAAAUGAAUGAUUCGAUGGAAUCCAAUGGGAACCUUUGAUUUUUAUUAACUGUGGCGCUCCCCAACUGCAUAUUUUUGUGGCUCAACCACGAAAAAUCAGAAAUCAAAACUGCCAAAAACACAUUAAAAAAACAUGCAGAAAAAGACUGGGUAAAUCAUGUAAAUCAUGUAAAAUUUGAGAAAGACAACAAAUAUAAAAAACACUAAACUGCGAAAUUUGUGGUUUAAGAUAAAAAAAAAAAAAAUUCAUAUUUCAAACUUCAUAUUUUUGUGGCUUAAGCACGAAAAAUCAGAAAAUAAAACUGCCAAAAACACAUAAAAAAACAUACAGAAAAAGACUGGGUAAGUCAUGUAAAAUUCGAGAAAGGCAACAAAUCUAAAAACCCACAAAACUGCGAAAUUUGUGGUUUAAAAUUUUUAAAAAUUUUAAAAACUCAAAAAGCACAAUAACAUAAAAGACGCAAAAAUCGCAAAAAAAACGUGAUGUGGAAAAAAAAUCCUGCAAAAAUUGUGGAAAAACAUACAAAAAACAAGACUCCAGUGGGAACCUUUGAUUUUUAUUAACUGUGGCGCUCACUAACUGCAUAUUUUUGUGGCUCAACCAUGAAAAAUCCGAAAUCAAAACUGCCAAAAACACACCAAAAAACAUGCAGAAAAAGACUGGGUAAAUCAUGUGAAAUUCGAAAAACGCAACAAAUCUAAACCAACAAAACUGCGAAAUUUGUGGUUUAAAAAAAAAAAAUACUCAAAACUAAAAAACCACGAUAACGUCAUAAAAGACGCAAAAAUCGCAACAACAAAAAACCGCAAUGCGGAAAAAAAAUCCUGCAAAAAUUGUGGAAAAACGUACAAAAAACAAGACUCCAAUGGGAAUCUUUGAUUUUUUUUUUUAACCAUUUUUAUUGUAUUCAUUUUUUUUUUGUAGUUGUUGGUCCUGUUCAUCAGGUAUGUCCAAAAUCUGGCUUGUGAGACAUUUCCGGUCCCGCGUGCAUAAUUUUGUGGUGAACCGCGAAAAAUCGGGAAAUGAAAACCACCAAAAAAACAUUAAAAAACAUGCAAAAACGGACCAGGUAAAUCAUGUAAAAAUUGAAAAACGCAACAAAUCUAACAUAAAAGGCGCAAAAAACACUAUAUGGAAAAAAAAUCCUGCAAAAAUUGUGGAAAAACGUACAAAAAACAAGACUCCAAUGGGAAUCUUUGUUUUUUUUCCAACCAUUUUUAUUGUAUUCAUUUUUUCUUUGUAGUUGUUCAUCAGGUAUGUCCAAAAUCUGGCCUGUGAGACUUUUUUUUUGUUGUUGUUUUUUUUUGUUUUUUUUUUGUAGUUGUUCAUCAGGUAUGUCCAAAAUCUGGCCUGGGAGACAUUAAUUUUGUGGUGAACCGCGAGAAAUCGGGAAAUGAAAACCACCAAAAAUACAUCAAAAAACAUGCAAAAACGGACCAGGUAAAUCAUGUAAAAAUUGAAAAACGCAACAAAUCUAAAACCCACAAAACUGCGAAAUUUGUGGUUUAAAAUAAAAAUUUUAAAAAACACUCAAAACUCAAAAACCACGAUAACGGCAUAAAAGACGCAAAAAUCGCAAAAAAACGCGAUGUGGAAAAAAAAUCCUGCAAAAAUUGUGGAAAAAUGUACAAAAAAACAAGACUAAUGGGAAUCUUUGGGGUUUUUUUUUCAACCCUUUUUAUUGUAUUAAUUUUUUUUUUUUUUUUUUUUUUUUGUAGUUGUUCAUCAGGUAUGUCCAAAAUCUGUGAGACAUUAAUUUUGUGGUGAACCGCGAAAAAUCGGAAAAUGAAAACCACCAAAAACACAUCAAAAACAUGCAAAGAAAGACUGGGUAAAUCAUGUAAAAUUUGAAAAACGCAACAAAUGUAAAACCCACAAAACUGCGAAAUUUGUGGUUUAAAUUUUUUUAAAAAAUGUAAAAACUCAAAAAGCACAAUAACAUAAAAGAUGCAAAAAUCUCAACAACAAAAAAAAAACGUGAUGUGGGAAAAAAAUCCUGCAAAAAUUGUGGAAAAUUCGAGAAAGGCAACAAGUCUAAAAACCACAAAACUGCGAAAUUUGUGGUUUAAAAUUUUUUUAAAAAGUUUUUUUAAACAAACUCAAAAAGGACUAUAACAUAAAGUCGCAAAAAAACGCGAUGUGGGGGAAAAAAACCUGCAAAAAUUGAGGAAAAACAUACAAAAAAACAAGACUCCAAUGGGAACCUUUGAUUUUUAUUAACUGUGGCGCUCACUAACUGCAUAUUUUUGUGGCUCAACCACAAAAAAUCAGAAAUCGAAACUGCCAAAAACACAUCAAAACACAUGCAGAAAAAGACUGGGUAAAUCAUGUAAAAUUAAAAAAAGGCAACAGAUCUAAAACCCACAAAACUGCGAAAUUUGUGGUUUAAAAUAAAUAAAAUAAAAAAACACUCAAAACUCAAAAACCACAAUAACGGCAUAAAAGAUGCAAAAAUUGCAAAAAAAAACACGAUUCGGGGGGAAAAAAUCCUGCAAAAAUUGUGGAAAACAUACAAAAAACAAGACUCCAAUGGGAAUCAUUGUUUUUUUUUUCAACCAUUUUUAUUGUUUUUUUGUAGUUGUUGGUCCUGUUCAUCCGGUGUGUCCAAAAUCUGGCCUGUGAGACAUUUUUGGUCCCGCGUACAUAUUUGCGGUUCAACCGGAAAUGAAAUGAAUGAAUGAAAACCACCAAAACAUGUCAAAGAACACGAUUAUUGCAAAAAACUUUUACAAAAUUUGAAAACCCUGCACAAAACACAACUCCAAUAAGAAUCUUUGAUUUUUAUCAACUGUGACUGUUAUACAUUACCAUUUUUUAUUAUAUUCAAGUAUUUUUUUUGUAGGUCUUGGUCCUAUUCAUCAGGUAUGUCCAAAAUCUGGCCUGUGAGACAUUUCUGGUCCCUCGUGCAUAAUUUUGUGGUUCAACCGCGAAAAUCGGGAAAUGAAAACCACCAAAAACACAUAAAAAACCAUGCAGAAAAAGACUGGGUAAAUCUUGUAAAAUUCGAAAAACGCAACAAAUCUAAAACUCACAAAACUGCAAAAAUUUGAGGUUUAAAAUUUUAAAAAAAUGAAAAA